UUGGAUAAAUAAGCAUUUUUUUUAAAAGUGAUAAAAAUGCCUAAAUUAAGUUUGAAAAACAUUCGAUUAAUUACAUUCGACGUAACUGGAACAUUAUUAAAAUUUCGUAAUUCGCCUGGCAGAGAGUACGCGAAUAUUGGAAAUUUACAUGGAAUUAAAUGUACUGAGCAAGACUUAAAUAAUAAAAUCAAAGCUACAAUAAAAAAUCUUAACAAAACUCAUCCCAAUUAUGGUAAAUUUUCUGGUAUAGGUUGGGAAAAAUGGUGGCAUAAAGUUAUACAAAGUGCAUUCGAAGAAUUUACAACCGAUGAAGAGAAACUACAACCGAUAUCUAAAGAUUUGAUUGCUAUUUACCAGACCUCUUUAUGUUGGAAACACACUUUUGGAGCCGUUGAAUUAUUAGAUACCUUAAAAAGUCGUGAUAUUCAAUUAGGUGUAAUUUCGAAUUUUGAUCCUCGUUUAUCGGUGAUUCUAAAAAAUUUACAAAUUGAUCAAUAUUUUAAAUUUGUUAUAAAUUCAUUUGAAGCAGGCGUAGAGAAACCAGAUAGGCGAAUAUUUCGAAUGGCAAAUAAUUUCUCGAAUGUGAAGAAUUUAUUACCCGCAGAAUCGUUACAUAUUGGCAAUUCUUUAGAAUUAGAUUAUAAAGGUGCUAUCAAUGCCGAUUGGAAAGCAGCGUUAAUUUCGAAAGAAGUUCCGGAACAUGCGAUACCCGAACAUGCGGUAUUUGCUAGUUUGAGCAAUUUAAAGAAUAGUUUAUUAGACGAAAAAUGCGUUAAAUUAGCCAAUGUUUAAUUUUGAGA